AUCACUGUCUUUAGAGUUGCUGGAGGUGGUUUAAGAUCUGUGUGUGCAGCGCCAGCCUAAGACCUAAGUUGGCUUCAACGACAGUUUUUAUUUAGUUUUUAUUCCAGGGGGUUAAACCGACUCACCAACACGGAGGGAGCUUAUUUUGUCGCUGUGUAAGGGGGUGCGACAGCCUCUCAACAGCAGCAGCAUCACAACAACAGGACCACUUCCGGGUUCAGACUGUACCAUCAUUUAAAGGGUUUGCUUUAUCAGCAGGUCAGUGGCGUCAUUUGGCUUUUGUUGAAAAAUAAUAGUUCACUCUGCUGCUGUUUUCCUGGCGGUCAGCAGUCGAAAUAAGACAGUAUAAUCAGCGGGCUGUCACAGUUACCCUCCCUGCCAGGUGUUUGAGGACUUAGUAUGAGUGACGGGGAGGUGUUUCACGAGAAGCAGCGCUUGGAGCUGUGCGCCAUACAUGCGCUCAACAACGUGCUUCAGGAGCGGGUGUUCACCAAGGAGACAGCCGAUGACAUCUGUAAACGGUUGGCUCCACAGUGUGUGGUAAACCCCCAUCGGUCAGUAUUAGGCACAGGAAACUAUGACGUCAACGUGAUUAUGGCGGCAUUACAGAGCAGGGACCUGGCCGCAGUGUGGUGGGAUAAACGCAGGACAGUCCAGAGUCUCUGCAUGUCAAAAGUCCAUGGUUACAUUCUCAACGUUCCCUCCCGAGUCUCUUUGGGCAUCGUGUCCCUCCCGGUACGGCGGCGGCACUGGCUCGCGGUUCGGCAAGUUAACGGACAGUACUACAACCUGGACUCUAAACUGAAGAGUCCCGCCUGCAUCGGGGGAGAAGCAGAGCUACGCACAUUUCUCAGCGAGCAGCUUUCCCAGGAUGUGGCAGAGAUGCUCCUGGUGGUGCAACGAGAGGUGGAGGAGGACGGUUCGUGGUUAAACCCCGACAGCCCAAACGAGUGAUCCACUUUUGCGUUGAAAAACAAAAGUCCUCGGGGAAAAUAACAGACUUUUAGUUUUUUUAAACAAUACAUUAAAGAAAUUUCUUCAGGGAAUGCACUAAAUUACACGUAACAUCCACACUGACACAUAAAGGAAAAUCCAAAGAGAAGCAGAGGGUGAAGUUUACUCCUGCUAAUGAAGAUGUUUCUGAUUGUAACAGCUGUUGAAGCUUUCAUUCUGGUAUGAACCAUGUCAUUCUCAUAGUACAUUAGCCUUAAAACAAGGAAGGAGCCGAAGUGGAGCGAGUUUGAGACAAAUGGGAACAUAUUCAAACUGACUGAACCGUUUGCGGUUUUACUUCCAGGUUGUGUUAAUGAUUGAUCAGCUGUAUUAAUGGAAACUAAGUUACUGAAAUAUGAAGAUAAAUGUGUUCUGGGGUGACUGAUUUGAUUUAGUUUUGGUCAUACGAGGAUGUUUUGGUGAAGCAAUUGCAUUGGGUCUUUUUUCCCUCUUUGUCGUUAACCUUCUAUGCACUGCAGAGUGAGAUUUGUGAGGUGUAAAUGUGUUUGUGCUCCUAGAGGCACAUACGGCAGGAUGGCUGAACUAUGAAGCAGGAUCUCUAGCUAUAAAUCUGAAAACGGGAGUUUACGUCGUCACAAAGGUGGAUCAUGUCUGCUCUGGUAACCUAAGCUGUAGGCAACCCUGGUUGAUUUUAUUUGGGAUAAAAUCAACACACAUGAUUGCAUCUGGGUCAAUCAAGUUUAGUGGAAAACGAAGGGAAAAAAGCUACUUUUUCUACUAAAUGAAAGAGUGUUUUGUUUUCACGACAAAAAUAUCUAGAUUUUUAUCAGAGAGAACAGCUCAUUAAAGUAUUGAAUUAGUUAUUUGAAACUUUAUUGCAGAUUUUCUUGUGGAUUUAGGUCUCCUUUGCUGUACUGUUGCAUAAGAAAUCAGUUGAUAAAUUUUUUGGGACACUGGGGUUCCAGCAGUUUCUAGUUCAAUUUAGGCCUGGUUCUUUGUUGGUUUCUUGUUCUCAUAUUAAAAUACUUGGGCUGUACACUACCGUAUUUUAACCCUAAACACUUGGUUUUCACAGUGGCGUUCCCGCACAGAUCCAUGUCUCAAUUAGGAAAACGUGGUUCGGCAGGAUGAAAGCCAGCGUUGUCGCACAGCUUUGCAGGACUGAUGUUAUUGAGCUAGAACAAAUGAAUGCUCUUGAGUUUUAAGCCUGCUUCAUAGUUCCCAGGCGUGUCCUCAUCAAAAUGAACACCUUACCUCUUUGUUUUUUUUAAUAAGAUGUUAUAAUAAAGGUUAAUCUUAACCUGCGGUAAAGCAGACAACAGCAGAAGACUACUUUGUGUUCAUUUUGAUGAGUUACAAAAUAAAUUAAGGUCAUUUUCAACUAUCCUCAACAAAUGCAAAAACAAAACACUUUUUCUGAGUGUUUGCUGUAUUUAUUUUUGUAUUUCUGUCUUGCCUGUUGAACUAUGCAUAUCCUGAUGGACACUAGUGACUAAUCCUAAACGUGAACCUUGAGUUCCUAUUGUUGAUGCUUAUUUAUAAUAAUAAAAACAUGGACCUCUUGUUUUAA